GCUCCAGCCCGGCCCUCCCGGGGGGAGCGGGGCUAUCGGGGCCGGGCAGCGCCGCCGGCUCCGGGUAGGAAUGUCCCUGCGCGCCCAGAUAAUGUUAUUUAUAUCGCGGUGCAGGGCGGCUCCGCUCCCCCCGCCCCGCUCCCGCACCGGCCCCGCCGCCGCCGCCGCCGCUCGCCCGCCCGCCGCCCCGCGCAGGGGCCUCUCACCGGUAGCCGACGGCCACCGGGCCGGGGCACACUGGGACCAUGACCUCGGCCAAUGACUACGAGCAGCUGGAGCUGCAGCAGCAGUACAGCCGCAUCAAUUAUCGCUGGGACGCGUCCGACGAUGAGCUGGACAACGACAACAGCUCCGCACGGCUCUUCGAGCGCUCCCGCAUCAAAGCCCUGGCAGAUGAGCGGGAGGCCGUGCAGAAGAAAACCUUCACCAAGUGGGUGAACUCGCACCUGGCUCGUGUCACCUGCCGCAUCUCAGACCUCUACAUGGACCUCCGGGACGGACGGGUGCUGAUCAAGCUGCUGGAAGUGCUGUCAGGAGAGCUUCUGCCCAAGCCCACCAAGGGCCGGAUGCGGAUCCACUGCCUGGAGAAUGUGGACAAGGCGCUGCAGUUCCUGAAGGAGCAGCGGGUGCACCUGGAGAACAUGGGCUCCCACGAUAUCGUGGACGGCAACCACCGCCUCGUCCUUGGCCUCAUCUGGACCAUCAUCCUCCGCUUCCAGAUCCAGGACAUCAUCGUAGAGACGCAGGAGGGCCGGGAGACACGCUCGGCAAGGGAUGCACUGCUGCUCUGGUGCCAGAUGAAGACAGCAGGGUACCCCCAUGUGAAUGUCACCAACUUCACCUCGAGCUGGAAGGAUGGGCUGGCCUUCAACGCCCUCAUCCACAGGCACAGGCCUGAGCUGGUUGACUUCCAAAACCUUACCAAAUCCAAUGCCCGGCACAACCUGGAGCAUGCGUUCAGCGUGGCAGAGCGGCACCUGGGCAUCACCCCUCUCCUCGACCCCGAAGAUGUGUUCACGGAGAACCCCGAUGAGAAGUCCAUCAUCACCUAUGUGGUGGCUUUCUACCACUACUUCUCCAAGAUGAAGGUGCUGGAGGUGGAGGGACGGCGCCUGGGCAAGGUCAUCGAGCACGCCAAGGAGACAGAGCGGAUGAUCGAGGGCUAUGGGGGGCUGGCAUCUGACCUGCUCACCUGGAUUGAGCAGACCAUCGCCUCCCUCAACAGCCGCAGCUUCGCCAAUUCACUGGCUGGGGUGCAGCACCAGCUGCAAGCCUUCAGCACCUACCGCACCGUGGAGAAGCCCCCCAAGUUUCAGGAGAAGGGCAACCUGGAGGUGCUGCUCUUCACCAUCCAGUCGCGGAUGAGGGCCAACAACCAGCGCGUCUACACCCCACACGAGGGGCGCCUGGUCUCUGACAUCAACCGGGCCUGGGAGCAGCUGGAGAAAGCAGAGCAUGAGCGGGAGCUGGCGCUGCGCAACGAGCUGAUCCGUCAGGAGAAGCUGGAGCAGCUGGCACGGCGCUUCGACCGCAAAGCAGCCAUGCGGGAGGCCUGGCUGAGCGAGAACCAGCGCCUGGUGGCCCAGGACAACUUUGGGCAGGACCUGGCGGCGGUAGAGGCGGCCAAGAAGAAGCACGAGGCCAUCGAGACAGACACGGCUGCCUACAGGGAGAGGGUGCAGGCCAUUGAGGCGGUGGCCAAGGAGCUGGAGCUGGAGGGCUACCAUGACAUCCAGCGCAUCAAUGGGCGGAAGGACAAUAUCCUGCGGCUCUGGGAGCAGCUCCUGGAGCUGCUGGCUGCCCGGCGCCAGCGCCUGGAGAUGAACCUCACCCUGCAGCAUCUCUUCCAGGAGAUGCUCCAUUGCAUUGACUGGAUGGAUGAGGUCAAGGUGAAGCUGGCAUCUCCUGAAUCUGGGAAGCACCUUCUGGAAGCAGAGGAGCUGCUGCAGACCCACCGUCUGCUGGAGGCCGACAUGGCCGUUCAGGCAGAGAAGACCCGGGCCAUCAGCGCUGCCGCCCUCCGCUUUGCUGACGCCGAGGGCUAUCGUCCCUGUGACCCCAAAGUCAUCCGGGACCGCGUGAGCCACCUGGAGAUGUGCCGGCGAGAGCUGCAGGUACUGGCGGCGCGGAGGAGAGCCUUGCUGGAGCAAUCCCGCUCCCUCUGGACCUGCCUGUGGGAGCUAGACGAGGCGGAGAGCUGGAUCAAGGAGCAGGAGCAGCUCUACUCCUCCCUGGACUUCGGGAAGGACCUGCCGGGCGUGCUGCUGCUCCAGCGCCGGCACGCUGCCUUCGAGGCCGAGCUGCGGAGCCGGGGCGGGCGGCUGGAGCAGACGCUGGCGGUGGGCGAGGGGCUGGCGGCGGCGGGCCGGGCGGCCGAGCAGCUGCGGGAGCGGGGGGGGGCGGCCGUGCGGGCGCUGUGGGCGCAGCUGGAGGAGCUGGCGGCGUUCCGACGGCGCGGCUUGCGGGACGCCGAGGGCUUCUUCCAGUUCCAGGCGGAGGUGGAGGAGCUGGCGGAGGGGCUGCAGGAUGCCCGCCGCCGGGCGGCCGCCGAGGAGCUGGGCCAGGAUGAAUCCCGCACCCUCGUCCUGCUGCGGCAGCACCAGGAGCUGCUGGACGAGCUGGCGGCCGCCCGGGAGCAGCUGGACAGGCUGGCUCAGCAGGCCGAGGGCUUCCCGCCGGAGCUGCGCGCCGGCCCCGAGGCGCAGAGCCGGCUGGCGGCCCUGCGGGAGCUGCACGCCGAGGCGGCCGCGCUGGCCGAGCAACGCGGCCGCCAGCUGCAGGAUGCCCUCAACCUCUACACCGUUUUCGGGGAGAGUGACGCCUGCCAUCUCUGGAUGGGCUCCAAGGAGACCUGGCUGGGGGAGCUGGAGGUGCCGCAGGCGCUGGAGGACCUGGACGUGACGCAGCGCAGGCUGGACGGGCUGGAGCAAGACAUGGCCACCGUGGCUUCCCAGAUCGACGCGGUCAACCAGGCAGCCGACGGGCUCCUGGCUAGCGGGCACCCCCGGAGCCCCCAGGUCCGGCAGUGCCGGGAGCAGCUCAACGACAGGUGGGGCCGGUUCCGGGAGCUGGUGUCGGAGCGCCGGCGGGCGGUGGGCUCGGCACUGCGCCUCCUCAACUACAACCUGGAGUCCGAGGAGACGCAGAAAUGGCUGCGCAGCAAAGCCCGGGCGGUGGAGGCCACGGCCGAGCUGGGCCGUGACCUGGCCGGCGUCCUGGCCACCCAGCGCAAGCUCUACGGCAUCGAGCGGGAGCUGGCAGUGGCCCGGGACCGCCUGGCCGCCCUGCGCUCCCAAGCCGAGCGCCUGGCCGAGGAGCGGCCCGAGGCGGCCACGGAGGUGGCCCAGAAGCUGGCCAUGGCCACCUCCGCCUGGGACGAGCUGCAGGCGGCCCUGGCAGAGCGCGCAGCGUCCCUGGGGGAAGCCGGGCAGCUCCGGAGUUUCCUGCAGGACCUGGAUGACUUCCAGGCGUGGCUCUUCGGCGCUCAGAAAGCCGUGGCGGCCGUCGAUGAGGUGCCGGCGUCGCUGGGGGAGGCAGAGGAGAUGCUGCAGCGGCACGAAGCGGCCCGGCGCGAUGCUGAGGAGCAUGCGGGAGCCUUCGCCGCCUUGGCGGAGGCGGGGGAGCGGGUGCUGGGGGGACAGACGGACCCCGAAUACGAGGGGCUGCGACAGCGCCUGGACGGCGUGAAGGACGGCUGGGCUGCCCUGGGCAAGAUGGCAGAGGCUCGGAAGCGCUUCCUCACCCAGUGCCGCAACUUCCAGGAGUUCCUUCGUGACACCAAGCAGGCGGAGAUCCUCCUCACCAAGCAGGAGUACACGCUGUCCCACCUGGAGCUGCCCUCCACGCUGGAGGGCUCGGCUGCUGCCCUGCACCGCUUCCAGAACUUUCGUGCUGGUGUGGAGAGCAAUGCCAAGAAGGUCCCAGAGGUGGUGGUUGGUGGCACCAAGCUGGUGGCUGAGGAGAACAUCUUUGCUGAGAAGAUCUCUGAGAAGUGCCGAACUCUCCAGGAACGGCAUGGAGCUGUCAUGGACAAGGUGGAGGAGGCAGCAGGUUUGAUGCAGGACAACCACGACCUACAGACCUUCCUGCAGAGCUGCCGUGAGUUUGAUGCCUGGGUGGAUGAGAAGAUGCUGAUGGCUCAGGAUGUCUCCUAUGGAGAAGCCCGCGGUCUUCACAGCAAGUGGCAGAAGCACCAGGCAUUCAUGGCUGAGCUGGCACCCAACCAGAGCUGGCUGGAGAAGAUUGAGGCGGAGGGGACGGAGCUGGCCGCGCGCAAGCCGCAGUAUGGCGCGGUGGUGACGCAGCGGCUGGAGGAGCUGCGCCGGCGCUGGGCCGAGCUGCGCAGCGCGGCCGAGGACAAGGGCCGGCAGCUGUUCGAGGCCGAGCGCGCGGCGCUGUACGCCCGGAGCUACGGGGAGCUGGAGAGCUGGCUGGGGCGGGCGCAGGAGGAGCUGCGCCAUGCCGAGAAGGUCAAGGACCUCACCGCCACCAACCUGCUGCUGAAGAGGUUGACGAGACUGGAAGAGCAAGUGAAAACAUGGAUGAAGGAGCUGGAGGAACUGGGGUGGCAGGGCACCCCUGCUACUGGGGAUGUGCCAGAUACCACCAGGCAGGAGCAGAUGCUCCGGCAGCGAGUCCUUGAGCUGCUGGAGCCACUGGAGAGGAAGAGGAAGGAGCUGGAGACUGCCAAGGCCAUGUACCAGCUGGGGCGGGAUCUGGAGGAUGAGACGCUAUGGGUGCAGGAGCGGCUUUCCCUGGCAAGAUCAACGGAUCACGGCACCGACCUCCCAAGCGUGCAGCGCCUGACCAAGAGGAAUGAGACGCUGCAGAAGGAGCUGGCGGGCCAUGCCCCCCGCCUGGGCGAGGUGCUGAGCCGGGGAGAGGCAGCGGGGAGCGGUGAGGAGCCAGGCCCGGAGCUGGCGGCACAGGCGCAGGAGCUGCGGGCGCUGUGGGAGACGCUGCAGGAGGAGGCAGCCGCCCGGCACCGGCGCCUGCGGGAGGCUGAAGAGGCCCAGCAGUACUACCUGGAUGCUGACGAGGCCGAGGCCUGGGUCAGCGAGCAGGAGCUCUUCAUGGGACCCGAGGAGAAACCAAAGGUGAGGAAUGAUUCCAUGUGGUGCUCUGUGUUUGGGGGUCUGUGCUGCACUGGGCUGUGCCUUGCCGGGAUAUCCAGUGUUGACUCAGGUGGUGCCACGCUGUUCCGUUGA